UUGACAGAAGGACAGACAAUGGGAAUGAUGGAGAGGCUGAAGGAAAGGCUGACAGUGAGACUGACCAAGUCUGAUAUGGAGAGCGACAGACAGACUGACAGAGGCACUGAUUGAGAGAGCAAUGGGCAAACUGACAGACAGUCUGACAGACAUAUUGACUUAAGAACUUUCAGAGAAACUGAUGGACAGACAGAUGGACAAACUGACAAAGGAGCUGACAGAGAGACUGAUGGACAGAGAGUUGGACAAACUGCAAGAGGAACUGACAGAGAGGUUGAUGGACAGAUUGGCUGAGAAAUUACCUUAGAGAAAGACAAUGUGACUGACAGUGAGAGGGACAGAUACAGAGAUGGACAGAGACUGACAAGACUGAUAGAGAGACAGACGCAUAGACCGACAUAGAGACUGAGAGGGACCAACACAGGGACCGACCGGAAGACAGACACAGAGACAGACACAAAGAUGGACAGGAAUACUGACAGAGAGACUCUCAGAGAUGGACACAGGGAUGGACACAGGGACAGACACAAGGACCAAGAGAGACUGACUGGAAGACCGACAGAGAGACUCUCAGAGACCAACACAGGGACUGAGAGAGACCGACACAGAGACCAACACAGGGUCCGACUGACCGGACGACCGACAGAGAGAUGCUCAGAGAUGGACACAGGGACGGACACAGGGACAGAGAGAGACUGACUGGAAGACCGACAGAGAAGCUGAGACUGACACAGCGACUGACACAGAGACUGUAUAUCACAGUUAGAGGACAAGUUAUACCUAGUUAUCUCUUGAUAAUAACAGCAUACUGUGUGCUGAAGCUGUAAUCUUUAGAUUGCAGGACUUUGGUGUAUGUGUUGAACAUUUUUAGCUUUAAGAACUUGCAGCAAGGAAUUUCAGCUUCUAAUCUGAAAUCACAAAAAUGCAGUGAUGAAACACUUUACUGACGCAAUGGAGCAAACCUGGGAAAAAAAAAGCUUAGUGAGGCUCGCAUAUGAUUGGCCAGCUGCUGCACGCAGAUAUACCUGAGUUUAGACAGCAUGCGCUACGUGCAGGUUAUACAUGAUGAGAUUGUGCUGUGUGGAGAAAGCAGAGAGAGAGAGAGAGAGAGAGAGAGAGAAGGAAGGACUGGGACUGCGGGUGGUUCUGCAGCCACCAGAGUACUGCAUCAUGCAUGCAAUGACAGGAGAGGACGAGCUGAUUUAAGGGAUUAUCUGUACUUUUUAAACCACUGCGAUCAUGAGUGUCCCCUGUUCCUUCUACGGAGUCCUGCGCAAGUGUAAUGAGGAUACUGCAAUGGUAACACUCCGGCAUUUAAAGGGUUAGAGUGGAUUUAGCUUAUUCAUACCGUUGCUGGCUUGAAUCUGUGUUUUAGCUGAGACUUUAAAGAAAGCCCUGCUUUGUAUUGAGACGAUCCUUAAAACAUGUUUCCACGAACGACUGUUCACAACUGCUUGUUUGGUUUGUAAGCGUUAUUUGUAAGCAGUGUUAUUAAUGUUGGGUCGGAUUUGUUUUGUGGAGAGAACUCUGCAGAGAUUUACACUUCAUGCUUGGUUGUCAUCAGCUGGUCAUGUGGCAGCUUUUCAUUUCUUGUCCUUUUCCCAUGCACCAUAUGGAUGGACUUGAUCUCUGCAGCGGUUUGCAUCCCGUUACAGGAUCAAUAACAGCAGCAUUGAGCAACACCGGCACAACUAAACGGGGACAAAGCGAAGGCAUCUUUUCCAGGAAACCUUCACCUGGUAUUAGUACUGAGACCAACCAGCUUCUUCCAGCGCACAUUCACGGACCUCGUCUUCCGCUUCAGCCAAGAGGACUUUAUGCUCAAGUUACCUGUAAGACCGUCUACACUUAUUCUACUCAGAUCUGCUCCUGGAGAUGCACAACACUGCACAGUAUAUACCUUACACCAUAAUUACCCCUGUCCCUGUAUUAAUAGACUGUGUGUUGUGUGCGUGUGUGUGUGUCAGGUUGUGAUGCUGAGCUCGGUUACUGACUUACUGCGCUACAUUGAUGAGAAUCAACUCACUUCUGAAUUUGGAGGCACUCUGGACUACUGCCAUAGCGACUGGAUCUUCCUCAGAACUGCUAUAGAGAGUUUCGCAGUGACUGUGAAGGACAUUGCUCAGAUGCUGCAGGCUUUUGGCACAGAGUUGGCAGAGAUGGAAUUAUCACAGGAGAGCAAUGCCAUCGAGCUGCUGCUGCUGUCACACACUGAGAAGUACAGGAGACUGAAGGAUGCUAUCAGCUCAGUGAUGAGGGAGGGACGCUACCUGCUCUCCAGCUUGGAGGUUUCUGGGCAGGAGGAGAAUAAAGAUACACACUGGGAUAUAACACAGGACUGGGACACAGUGCAGAGACUGUUGGUCCAACUGAGAGAUAUGGAGAUGGCGUUUGAUGAUUUCUUUGACAAGCACCACCUCAAACUUCAGCAGUACCUGCAGUUGCUGAGAUAUGAGCACAGCUUUCAAGAGAUGGAGGGUUCUUUGGAGAAGUUGAGUGUUCAGGAGAGGAAGCUCAUUGUUACAGGAGAAACACUGGCACAGACCGAGCAGAUCAUCAAAGAGCUGGAUAUUCUAGAGAAACGAGCCCAGGAGGAAAUGACUCGGGCCCAGGUGAUGAUAUUGCUUGGACACCAGUUGGCUGCAGGUCAUCAUUAUGCCACGCCUUUGAUCGUACAGCGCUGUAAUGAGCUCAGACACCGCUGUGACACACUAAACUCUGCCAUCAGUGCUAAAUGCAAAACACUCAUACAAGUGCAGACCUUACUGCAACACCUAGAGGAGGCCCAGAAGUGGUGUGAUGAUGGCACGUACCUCUUGGCCAAUCAGCAGUUGGAAAAAUUUCACUCUAAAGAAGGUGCUCAGGCAGCUCUGAGUGAUUUAGAGAAGUUCCAGGAGGGGGCGCCAGCGCUCCUUAAUGCUGGGCCAGACUUGCUGCUUAUGGAAUAUGAGUGCGUUCUCACUCCUCAAUUACAGACUCAUAUAGAGGAGACAUUUGAGAAGUAUGCCUCUGUACAGAAUCUAUUCCAGACUAGACAGACCUGUCUGAAGAAACUAGCAGACAAACAUGUGCGGCCAGUACAGCUAGUAGCACCUCGACCAGAAAAUCCAACACGUACCAAGUCCCCAGUCUUUUCCCCCAAACCUGAUCUCAAUUCAAGUAUAAAAUUCACCUUUGACUUCUCAAGCAAAAGAACAACACGGAAAAGCCCAAACUCCAGGAAGAUUGAGGUGUUGCACGACUAUCAGAACCGCAACUUUCUGUCCUACGUAGUGGAUGGUGAGGAUGGAGCAGACCUGCUGAAACAUCGUGUAAUGAGGGAGAUGAUCGAGACAGAAAGAAUAUAUGUAGAAGAGCUUCUGACUGUGUUGCUGGGCUACAGGGCAGAGAUGGACAACCCCUCCCUCUCUUCUCUCCUGCCCACCAGCCUACGCAACAAGAGAGAUAUACUGUUUGGAAACCUGCCUGAUAUCUACAAUUUUCACAGCAGAGUAUUCCUGCAAGACCUGGAGAGCUGUUUGGACACGCCUGAAGCUGUGGGAGCAUGUUUUCUAGAACGGAAAGAGAACUUCCAGGUGUACGAGUGUUACUGUCAGAAUAAGCCGCGAUCAGAGGCGUUAUGGAAGCAAUUUUCUGACUGUGCCUUUUUCCGGGAGUGCCAAAAGAAGCUAGAGCACAAACUUGCUCUGGAUUCAUACCUGCUGAAACCAGUUCAGCGUCUUACCAAGUACCAACUCCUUCUGAAGGAGUUGCUGAAGUACAGCUCGGGUUGUGAGAGGGUCUCUGAGCUGCAGGGUGCACUAACUGCCAUGCUGGACUUGCUCAAAUCAGUUAAUGAUUCUAUGCACCAGAUCGCUAUCACAGGAUAUGAGGGUGAUCUCUGUGAUUUGGGCCGGGUCCUGAUGCAGGGCUCCUUUAGUGUGUGGAUCAGUCAUAAGAGGGGUGCAACACGAAUGAAGGAGCUUGCACGCUUCAAACCCAUGCAAAGACACCUGUUCCUAUAUGAGCGCGCACUCCUCUUCUGCAAGCGCAGGGAAGAUCAUGGCGAGCAUGCUAAUAAGACGUCAUCCUACAGCUUCAAACACUGUCUAAAGAUGAGUGCUGUGGGCAUCACAGAGAAUGUGAAAGGAGAUGUGAAAAAGUUUGAGAUCUGGUACAGUGGCAGAGAGGAGGUAUACAUGGUGCAGGCCCCUACAGUGGAGGUGAAACUUGCCUGGUUGAAUGCAAUUAGAAAAAUUCUCACCAACCAGCAGAAAUUAUUCAAAGGUGAACUUUGUCACCCCAACCAGACUGAGCAGUUUCCUCUGUCUCCGCCCCUCUCUGAGAGCAAAAAGCAAAGAGCGUCAGUCAGCUCGGAGGAGACGGAGUCGGGCCACAGCAGUCCAGACCCAUGUAGCCGUUCUCCACAGCACCAAGACAACAGACACAGUUGGCCAGGUGCCACUCACUCAGUUGAUAUCUGUGAGGAUCUGGAGGAUUGGAGUGGAGCUAAUCUCUCUAACAUAUCUGAUACUGAAGAGGAGGACACUGUUCGUUUGUCCCCAAGGAAAUGCAAGGCUGUAGCAGGCUCUCACAGAUACGGUCCAGAUGACCUCAUCAUUAAGUGUGGUGAUGUCAUACAGCUGCAGCAGGAGGAGGAUGACGGUCAUUGGUUGGGGAAGAACCUGAGCAAGAAACAGAAGGACAGGCUUUCUGCUUCAGGCCUGCAUGGCAUUCUGGGAAGCUGCAGCAGAGGGCGCGCCAACCAGCUGCAAGAACCAGGAAAACUGAAAAAAUGGAAGCUCAGCUCCCUCUAGACUCCACGCUGUCUGUCUUUUGGCAUGUUCAGCCUCAUGGAUAUGUCAGCUUUAUUCACGACACUUGAACACAACGGCUGCGCUCUGUUCUACACAGGGGUGGGCCCUGUAGCCAGAGAUUUUUAUCAUGACAUUUUUAACAUUUUGGAACUUAUGGAAAUGUUGUUUGCUGCAUCCAACAAAAAUAUUCAAAAAGUCUUUGACAUAAAGUACUGUGACAUGUUUGAUAUGGAAGUAUUUUGCAGACAAUUUUCAAAAGCAAUUGCAAACUGUAUUUGCAAUUGCGUUUCCUAAUUGUGGAUGCAUAAAUCGUGGUAUAAUGAAAAUGUAAAUCAUGUAUUACUGUUUGCGUUUUUGUUUACACAAACAUACAGUGUCUGCCAAAUUUCAAAUGGAGAUGCAAAGUCCAUUAGCAAUUGCAUUUCUCAUGUCUUACGAGUUAUGAUCCUGUCAUAUCAAAAUAGCAAUAGCAUUCACCCCGUUUGCUAUUUCACUUCCUCAGGGUUGCGUACAGCGCUUGACAAACUUCAAACGGAAUCUCAAAUCCCUUUGUAUUUGCAUUUCCAAUGCCUUGCACAGAAACCUGUCAAUCAGUGAAGGGGGUGUGAGUAUACUACGGGGCGUGUUUGUAUUUGGAGAUGACGUCAGUCACAUUCGACGGCCAUGAAGGAAAACGUGCUGAUGGUUCGGCACAAUCAUCUGUGCCUGCGUCCACAAUUAGGAUUAAACUGUAUUUGCAAUUGCUGUUGAAAAUUGUCUCCAAAAUAUUUCCGUAUUUGACGUGUUAUUGGAGUCUUUAGCAGAUGGAGUUGAUGAGAGAAUUACGGCAUUGUGCUUAUUUAAAGGUCUACAGUAUAUAGUAUAAAUCACCCCCAAAUCAGUUGCCCAUGAUGGAGGAUACAGAUUUUUUUCCUAACAAGUGCUUUGUCUUCAGUUUAGUUGUCUUGUGGAUUUGAGAGACCCACAGCCUCUCUGUUUCCCCGCAUGGUGACUGGACUUGAUGCUUGACGGAUUUGCGCUGACAAAUGGACAUUGCAGCCAGGCACUUUAGCACUGUGUGGCACCAGUUAAAAUAUAUAUGAGGAUUUUUACCAGUAUUUCAUUAUGAUACAAUACCCACCACUAAUUCUACAUUCUCUAAUUUUGAAUGUUUUCCAAGAUCCGUCUUCCAAGGACUGAAAAAAAGGACCAGCAUUUCAGCAAGAGUCAAGAGCUACAUGGCUUUUUCAUUUUCCUCAUCCACCACCUAGAAGAGGUUAAAUGUCUCUGAUGGACACACACACACACACACACACACACACACACUGGUCGUCAAAGAAAACCAAAGGUGUGACCCGAUUCUCGAUUCUUUUUGAACAGACUUAAAAUAUAAUGUUGACAAAUAAUUGUGUGUCUAUAGACUGGCUAUAAUAUGGCCUUCCAUUUACACAAACAUGGAUCUGAGGUGCUGAUUCUUGUACAUUUGGCUGAAUACCCUUCUCAAGUUCUUUGAGAGAUUUAGGGACAAUAACAUAUUAUUCCACAAUGCAGCAUUUCAUUAGGAAUCGGUGAGCAGUACUGUAGCUUUUCUGGCCCCAGAUCAUUUUAAAAGCACUUUAAACAAGGUCACAGAAUCUUCGGAUUAUUUUUUUCUGCCUAAAAAAAUCCUAAUGAAUAAGCAUUUGGAAGACCUUCGGUGUAUUAUUAACACACGUAUGCAUGAAGAUCCUUAAUUAAGUCAUGAGGGCUUGAGAUUAGAGCUACAAGUUGAAAUGAAAAAUGCACACUUUAUUAAAAAAAAAAAAAAAAAAAAAAAAUUAAAAUUAUUUAAUACAUCUCGGCUUACUAUUAGAGAAGGUUCUACCGCAGACAUGAAAUGUGCCUACUGGGUUCAGCGCAUAAUUAAAUAUUGAUUGUGGACUUAUAUGAAUUUACCACAUCAAAUCAAGCCCCCAGUUGGAGGGCUGUCUUUGAUAUGCUGGCGUUUGAAGUGGAAAUGAGUUUGGUGAAGCAGCAGGACUGACUCCAAAGCGCACAUAUCUUUACGGUGCUAAUGUAUUUAUUUUGCUAGUACGUUCUUACUUUACAGUUCAGAAUGCUGUGCCAGCCCCCGAAAAUCUAUAACAUCUUUGUCACAUGGACAUUGCACACUAUUAUUUCCAGUUUAAUGUGCCUGAAGAGCUUUGAACUAUGUAAAUAAAUCAUUCAUUUUGAGUAUGCACUACACUGUAAAUGUAACAACUUUAGCACUUAAUUUUUAUAUGGACAAUUGUAAUAUAUAUGUUUAAAUAAAUGAUUUUCUAUAAAUGCAGUUUUAAUUGGAGAGUUCUCUCUCUCUCUCUCUCCCCCUCCCCCUCUG